ACAUAAAGAAUGCAUAAAAUAAGCAUUAUUAAUAUAUAACACAAUUUUCGAUAGUUCAGGUGGCUCAGGCAAUGUGCAAACUAUACAAUUCCUAGUUAUUCUUCUGUGUGUUUUCAUAAUGGAGCUAUGCACGAACGAUUUACGAGCUACUUAACGCAUAGAUGCAAUAAGGAUAAUAUAGAGAUUAACAGUAGUGAUAAGAAAAUGAAUGAAACAACGAGAAGUAACAAAUAACAUAUGUUCAUUGCACGAUCUUCGAGGUAGCCAUAUUGCAUAGGAACCUUGAAAUCGUUGAAAUUUGUCGGGAAACAUAUCAUCUGUGACGAUAUGACGAGAUCACGCGAUUCCUUUUCGUUCUUCCCUGUUUACUACGCGAGAUCUAUGAAUUUGUAAUAUUAAUCGUACACGGCUGAUAAAUCUAUACGCGUAUCUAAAAUCAUGUGUCUUGUGAUAUGGCCUCCGGAUCUGAAUAGAGAAUUAGUAAAUGAGGAUCCCCAAUUUUUUCUGGAUGUCUAAAUAUGCCAGGCUGUUCAGCAGUUGGCUGCAUCAAUCGUAGUGAGAAGGGAUAUAUUAUGAAAUGUUUUCCACGUAAUCCGAGGUUGAGAAAAAUUUGGCAAGAACGCGUUGCUAGAGCUGACUGGGAACCAUCUAACAAUUCAUUUCUCUGUCAUGUCCACUUUGAACCACAAGAAUGGUCCAUAACGUCGAACGGGAAAAUUAGAUUGAAAAAGAAUGCAGUUCCCUCCAUAUUCACUAUAACGUCGACUAGGAGAUCGGCUAAAAAGAAGAUUAAAUUGUUUGAUAAUAAAAGCCAGAGAGUGUUCCAAGGUGAAUGCGACGCAGGGUGUAUGAUUGAUGGUAGUGUGCAUUCGUGCGUGGAAGAUUUAGAAGAGAAAAACUUGGAUUUUCAGGGAACUGUGGAACCGCUUGUGGAAACAGAAAUGGAAGGGAGCACUCAUUGCAAACCGAAUAGCGGGAUGGCUACUGAAGAUAUGAAAAUUAGUAACUUAGUGAAAGAAUGUAAUCUUGAAGUUCCGCCAAUGGAUGAUAAAAAGGAGGUGGAUUUAACUCAAGAGGUCAAGGAUACAGAAGCUCCUAAAGCAGCAGGAUCAGUUGUGAAGGAUGAAAUCAAGUUAGAAGUGAUGGAUCACAAUGCGUUUGAAGAUAGUUACGAUGAGAUUGAACAGAAGUUGAAGCAAAUCUGCGAUGGUGGAUCUACCGAAGACGAGACUUACAAGAACAAGGUCAAGAUGAAAGUAGAUACUAAAGACCAAAAGAAGGAUGAAGUGGAAGAAAAAAUGGAUAUAAGUUCCGAGUCCGUGAAGAACGAUCUUGAAACCGCUGUGUCUGUCGAUGCAAGUCAUGAUUUAUCUAUAGUAGGUGGAGUUGUAGAUACGAUUAAGGUAAAAGAAGAAAAUGUUGAGACGAUUUUUGGCAUUGAAAGCGACGAGAAAACAUCUGUGCCCUCAAAAGCAUUGAAAACAAAUGAGAAUGACGAAGAACGUGAGAAGGAUAAGAAAAAAGUUUUUAACGAUGACAUAGAAGAAAAUUUUACAAAAGAUGAAGUGCACGUUAUACCAAAUAUAAGAGCAGCUAUGAAACGGAAAAGGAGAACCCGGGAGGAGAUAAUGAAAUCAAUAAAGAAAUCCAUUAAAAGCGUUGCUGAUGAAGAUAUUAAUUCUCUUAGCGACAACGAUUCAUCCGAGCAAGACAUAGAAAUUGGAAAUGGAUUAUUUUUAAUUAACGAAAAAACAGACGAUACUAGUAAAAAUGAUGCAGAAACCGAGACUGCUAAAUUCGUUAUCAAGGUAACCGGGGAUCCCGAUGAUGUAACCGAAAUUAUCGAAGAAUUAUCGUCUUGUAAUACAGUGAGAACAGAAGCGGGUAAAAAGUUCAAUACCGUUUCUAUGUACAAAGAAAAUGAUUCAUUCAUUACAUCUGUAAUAACGAUACAAUCACCUAAAAGUGCUAAUGAUAUUAGCUUCGUAGAGAUCGAUAGUCCCAUAAAAAAAGAUGAUUACCUAAUAUCAAGGAAAAGUACAUCGCCAAUGGAUCAUUCUCCUUGUGAGAAAAAUGACGUUACAAGUCCAAAUGCAGUCAACAUUUCUCGAACUCGUGAUUCUCUAGAUUCGAAACAUAUUGGAUCCGAUGAGGACGAGAAACAUAGGAUGAGAAUUGAUUCUCCGUUCCAAAGUUGUACGCAUGGUCAAAUUUCCGUUGAAAAUAACAGUGUGAAUGUUCCUUCUGAUUACGAAGAUCUGUUAGAAAGGAUACAAAUUCAAGAGAGUGUAAUUGAAAAAUUAACAGAUCAAUUGAUCAUUCACAAAGAGAUGGAGAUGAGAAAUAAACUUAGCGAACGUGAAAUGGAAGCCUCAAAGGUGAACACAAAAUUGAGUAACGUGCAAACUACUAGUCUUCUCGGUAGAAGAAACUUAGAGAGCAAACAAAGAUUGAUAGAUGAUUUAUCGAACAGAGUGAGUUAUCUUGAAGAAGUGAAUAAGAAAUUAAUGAAGACUGUCACACUUGAAUCUCAGCAAAAGAGGAAGCUAGAAGGAGAAAUAAAACAAAAAGAGAAUUGCAUAAAAGAGCUCAAUUGGAAAUUAGAGAAAGCUUCUAAAUAUCUCGAGAGGGCAGAGAAGAAUACGAAUACGUAUAGAAGGAAAAUGCUGAACAUGCAAACUACUUUGAGAAGGAGAAAGCUUUUGGACGAGAAGAUGAGUAGAUUCAAUGAGAUGUUAAUAGAUAAUUCUAAACAAGAGUUUUCAGAAAAGGUUUUAGUUACAGCAGCAGAUAUUAGAAAAGUUUGUGGAAAAGAUGGCUAUGAAAAAUUACUUUCUUACGGGUUUCCGUUGCCACCGUUAACAGCUCUAAAGGGAGAAACUCUCAAUGAAGAUUUUACCGAUCUUAACAACAGUGAUGUAGACGAGGUACAAAAUUCUACAAAGUUAACUGUUAAGACAGACAAAGCGUAUGAUGCGACUAAUGAACAUGAAAUAGAUGAAAAGAACAGAGAAAAAGGGACAGAAUACGAAGGUGCAGAAACUGUGACAGGUACUGUCCAAGACAUUUUUGAUGAGAAUAAUGAAGGCGAUGAUUUCGGUACAAACGAGCUCAGAGAACAUUUUAUUCUGCAAUUAAAUGCAGUUAUGUAGCCAUAAUUUUGUACUUCAAGCGGCUAUUCAUUUUUUUUAUAACUUAAAAAUUAUAAUAUCGAAAUAAUAAAUACUUAGAUAAGACUUCUACCUA